AUGGCGAAAGACAAAAGACACCGCUUGAUAGCACGGAUUCUGCAGAUGAAAGACCUCAAAGGCGACAAUACACCAGCUGCAAAACGGAGAUCCAAACUUGCAAUUACAAUCGCAAACUUGGAAGAGAAAAUAAAAACCCAUAUGCAGAAAACGACGAAAAUGAGAGCAAACGGAACCGACUCGUCAUCGCUAAAAUGGUGGUCCUGCGGAAUGAGUUGGGAGGAAAUUGAUUCUGCCAUCCAUAGAUCGUCGAAGUUUCGCCGGGAUCUUCUCCCCCAAGAAGCCCUUGGCGUUCUUGUUGACUCAAUCAAGCUAUCCCAGGAGGUAAAAUGGGAGCUCAAGGAAGCAAAUGCACGACCAUAA